AAAUUAGACCAAACCAUGAAGAAACAGUUACACAAGAAAGACUUUCUCCGUUACUGCAAAAGUGCAUCUAAUGCUGUUGCAACAGCAUCUGCGUGUGUUGUUGAGAAACAUUCGCAGUGUCAAGUAAGUGACAAGCUCCCCUCUUUCCAUCUGACGAUAGUACUCGCAUUUUGCUUUUGCGAAUUAUCCACUUCACUUCUGACAACAACAGAGAUAACUUCAAACUGUACAGAGACAGGAAUGGACUCCUCCUUAGGUUUUGAGCCUCUCCCGAGCGAGGAAAACGAGCGUUUGUCCGAGAACACGGACCGUAUUUACGUGGAUGGAUUCUCCAGAAGCAGUGAUGGAAUUUUAAUGCCCACCGAGUACGUCCAAGUGACUCAGGCGGUGCGCGACUUUGAAGUUCGGCCUGAUGAUGUUUGGGUCGUCACUUUUCCUAAGUGCGGCACCACUUGGACGCAGGAAAUGACCUGGCUCAUCAGCAACGACUUGGAUUUCGCAACGGCAAAGAGCGUCCCAUUGCAUGAGAGAUUCCCCUUUUUUGAAUUGACGACCGUGUCGUCCAAGUAUUCAGAGGUGGUUUUCGGGGCAAAGGUGCCUUUGGAGGAAAGUUUGACGAUGCUAAAAAACAGUCCGAGUCCGAGAUUCAUUAAAACUCACUUGCCGUUGAACCACCUGCCGAAACAAUUGUGGACCGUCAAGCCUAAGAUUUUUUACGUUGCACGCGAGGUAAAGGAUGUGAUUGUAUCUUACUUCCAUCACAACAGACUCAUGGUUGGAUACAAAGCUGAUUUUGAAACGUUCUGCCAAGACGUCAUGAAGGAUAACAUAAUCUGGUGUCCGUUCUGGACCCACGUCCUGGACUUUUGGCGCCUCCGAAACGAGCCCAACAUUCUUUUCCUCACUUACGAGGAAAUGCAAAGAGAUCUGGCUUCGGUAGCUCAGAAAACCGCCAGGUUCUUAGGCAAAGAGCUGCGUGACGAAGAGGUGCAGAAUUUAUGCAACCACCUCAGCUUCAAAGAGAUGAAAGCAAACAAGUCAGUGAACUUUGAGGUGGUCGCUGAGGCCCUUAAGGAGAAACAUAUCUCAAGUGACAAGGAUUGCCAUUUCAUGAGAAAAGGCAAAUCUGGAUCUUGGCGCGAACUGAUGUCGGAAAAACUGGCUGCAGAAGCAAAUUUAGAGAUACGAUUUUUUUAUUGUCAGAGAGCUAUGGAUGUCUCUUUAGGUUUCGUUCCUCUCCCGAGCGACGAAAACGAGCGUUUGUCCUCGUUUGACAGCAUUUACGUGGAUGGAUUCUCCAGAAGCAGUGAUGGACUUUUAAUGCCCACCGAGUACGUCCAAGUGGCUCAGGCGGUGCGAGACUUUGAAGUCCGGCCUGACGAUGUUUGGGUCGUCACUUUCCCCAAGUGUGGCACCACUUGGACGCAGGAAAUGACUUGGCUCAUCAGCAACGACUUGGAUUUCGCAACGGCAAAAACCGUCACCUUACAUCAGAGAUUCCCCUUUUUUGAAUUGACCACUCUGUCGUCCAAGUAUUCAGAAGUUGUUUUCGGGACAAAGGUGCCUUUGGAGGAAAGUGUGACGAUGAUAAAAAACAUACCAAGUCCAAGAUUUAUAAAAACUCACUUGCCGUUGAACCAUCUGCCAAAACAAUUGAUAACUGUCAAGCCAAAGAUUAUUUACGUCGCACGCGAGGUAAAAGAUGUGAUCGUCUCUUACUUCCAUCACAGCAGACUCAUGGUUGGAUACAAAGCUGAUUUUGAAACGUUCUGCCACGACUUCAUGAAGGACAACCUAAUCUGGUGUCCUUUCUGGUAUCACGUCCUGGACUUCUGGCGCCUCCGAAACGAGCCCAACAUUCUUUUCCUCACUUACGAGGAAAUGCAAAAAGAUUUGGCUGCGGUUGUUUGGAAAAUAGCUUCCUUCUUGGAUAAAGAGCUGCGAGACAAAGAGGUGCAGAAUUUGUGCAACCACCUCAGCUUCAAAGAGAUGAAAGCAAACAAGUCGGUAAACUUUGAGGCGUACGCUGAUGCACUUAAGGAGAAACAUAUCUCAAGUGACAAGGAUUGCACAGAGGUAAAGGAUGUGAUCGUCUCCUAUUUUCACCACAACAGACUUUUUGACGGAUACUCGGCCAACUUUGAGACAUUUUGCCGCAGUUUCAUGAAAGACGAAAUAAGUUUUUGCCCUUACUGGAAUCACGCCUCUGAAUUUUGGAAGCUUCGCAAUGAGCCGAACGUUUUGUUCAUCACUUACGAAGAAAUGCAAAAAGAUCUAGCUGAAGUGGUACUGAAAGUUGCCAAAUUUUUGGAAAAAGAUUUGGACGCCGAUGAAGUGGAAAAGUUGUGCCAACACUUGGAUUUUAAACAAAUGAAAAACAACCAGAGCGUAAAUUCUGAGGCUUUUGUCGAGGUGCUGAGAAAGAAAAACGUACCCAGCGACAACAGUUGCUGUUUCAUUAGAGAAGGAAAAUCUGGAGGUUGGAAGAAGGAAAUGUCAGACGAAUUGGCACAGGAAGUUGACGAGUGGCUGAAAAAUAAACUGAAAGGAACCCAAUAUUACAAUGAAAUUUACGGUUGACCUCCUGUUAGUACUCAAAAAUAAACAUAGUAGAAUUUAAACAUUUACAAUUUAAACAAAAUAUUGCUGCUAGGAAGUGAAAGUUGUAAGCAUGCGCUCCAAAAACAAUUGAAUUGAUAUUUUUUGGCAUCAUAAAAAUUAAUAGCUGACAAAAAAGUAUGAGUAUUAUUAUUGAUACAAAAGUAAUU